CCGCCGUUUCUGGACUCCCUCCCUCCCUUUUCUUUACCUUUUUGAUAUAUACCAUCUCGAUUCGCUCUCGCGAUCUCCCCCCCCUGGAUUGAGAGCCAAGAGAGAAGGAUACAGAUCUGCGUAAGAAGAAGAAAGGAAGGGCUACAGAGGCGGCAUUGAUGUCGAUGGUGAUUCCCAGGUUGCCGUUUCUUUUCCUUCUGGUGAUUUCAUUCGUGGGAGGCGGGGACAUUUGCCCCUCCAGGGUUGUAGCUGCCGCGGCAAUGGCGCAGGGGAGCUUGAGAGCAACCGCCAGCAAUGGGUCGUCUUCCACCAUGGCACAAGGGCCCGCAGGUGACGUGGUAGUUGGCGCGGUGGACGAUCCAGAAUUUAUAGCAACAGAGGUGGAAAUCAGGCAGAUAGGCAACAUCACGGCGCGCCGGUCGCUGGGCUACCUAUCAACAUGCGUGACGGGCAACCCCAUCGACGACUGCUGGCGCUGCGACCCCGAGUGGCACCUCCACCGCAAGCGCCUCGCCGACUGCGGCAUCGGCUUCGGGCGCAGCGCCAUGGGCGGCCGCAACGGGCGGUUCUACCGCGUGACCGACCCCAGCGACGACGACCCAGUGAACCCCCGCCCCGGCACCCUCCGCUACGCCGUGAUCCAGGACGAGCCCCUCUGGAUCGUGUUCAAGCGCGACAUGGUCAUCACCCUCAAGCAGGAGCUCAUCAUGAACAGCUUCAAGACCAUCGACGGCCGCGGCGCCAACGUCCACAUCGCCAACGGCGCCUGCAUCACCAUCCAGUUCGUCACCAACAUCAUCAUCCACGGCCUCCACAUCCACGACUGCAAGCCCACCGGCAACGCCAUGGUCCGCAGCUCCCCCUCCCACUACGGCUGGAGGACCAUCGCCGACGGCGACGCCAUUUCCAUCUUCGGCUCCAGCCACAUCUGGGUCGACCACAACUCCCUGUCCAACUGCGCCGACGGCCUCGUCGAUGCCAUUAUGGGAUCCACCGCCAUCACCAUCUCCAACAAUUACUUCACCCACCACAAUGAGGUGAUGCUUUUGGGUCAUAGCGAUUCGUACGUGCGAGACAAGGCUAUGCAGGUGACCAUUGCCUUCAACCACUUCGGCGAAGGACUCAUUCAAAGAAUGCCAAGGUGCAGACAUGGCUACUUCCAUGUGGUGAACAAUGAUUACACUCACUGGGAGAUGUACGCCAUUGGAGGAAGUGCGAAUCCGACCAUAAACAGCCAAAGCAACAGAUACCUUGCACCUACCAAUCCCUUCGCCAAGGAGGUGACGAAGAGGGUGGAGACUUCGAGUGAUGUUUGGGAGAGCUGGAAUUGGAGAUCAGAGGGCGACCUGCUACUGAACGGUGCCUACUUCACCCCAUCGGGAGCUGGUGCCUCUGCAAGCUACUCGAGGGCCUCCAGCCUUGGGGCCAAGUCAUCCUCCAUGGUUGGCUCCAUCACUGCAGGGGCAGGGGCCCUCCCGUGCCGCAAGGGUUCCCUGUGCUAAUGCAGCCCCCUCGAAAGAAAGAAGACAGAGAAAGAUUCCAUUCCGUCCUAUUUGACAGUGUGUGCACAUUCUUCAACCUCCCCCUGCUUCCACUGUAACUCUGCGCACGGAGCAGGUGCGAAGCGUUGCUGAUUUGUUGUUCCUUGGUUUGUUUGUUGGAUGAUGAUGAAUCCCUUAAUUAUCAUGUCCCGAUAGUUUCAUGUAACCUUCCACCCCACUCUACCUUCGUUACCGAGGAACGUCAAUUCGCUGGGAUAAUUCCAAAAAGAAGAUACUCUUUAAAAUAUUUAGAUUUCAACAUGGGAGUAAACUAGGAUGUGA